AUGCCUGUAAAUCGUCGUAGACCCGGGAUGCCAUCUGCUCCGCUCGGGCUGUCUGAAUUAAGUUUACAGUUGCGCCGAAUUCUAAGAAAUUGGCUUCGAGGAGCGUUAUCGAGCCAUGGCACAUAUAACAAGUACCUUGCAAAACUUUCACUCUAUCCGUCCAAAGAGUGGUUCGCUUCAUCCUAUGAUAAACUAUCGAUUCCAAAACCCCAAAUUGGUGGAGCUGAUUCCAGAACCAACACCAUCAAAAUAGAAAUGUCAAAUCACACCAAAGUAACAUAUUUCAUUAUUAAAGGGAUUUCAGAUGAUCCCAACCUGCAGCUUCCAAUCUUCCUCCUGGUUCUCUUCAUGUAUAUCAUCACUCUUGGUGGCAACAUGACCAUCUUCCUCCUGAUCUGUCUGGAUCGUCACCUUCACACUCCCAUGUACUUCUUCCUUAGUAACUUGUCUAUCAUGGACAUGUCUUCUACCACUGUCACUCUACAUAGGAUCCUGGUGAAGUAUGUAACAGGUAAUGGAACAAUUUCAUUUUUCUGCUGCAUGACACAAGUGUAUUUCUUCUCGAGUAUCACCGGUGAUCAACUGUUACUAUUAACGGCAAUGAGCUAUGAUCGUUAUGCAGCGAUCUGCAUGGCUCUGCGUUAUCCAAUAGUCAUGAACUCCAAGACCUGUGGCCUGUUAGCCAUUGUCUGUUGGAUGUUGGGAUUUUUACAAGUUAUACCGUAUAUCAUUUUAUUAUCAAGUUAUACCUGCUAUCGUUCAAACUAUGUCAAUCAUUUCUACUGUGAUCUUGUGCCAGUCAUGAAACUCUCUUGCAGUGAUACGUCGGCUUUGGAGAUACUGAUAUUUACAGAGGGGCUGUUACUGCUAAAUCUCACCCCUUGUCUGCUUACCUUCAUCUCUUAUGUUUUCAUUAUUGUGACGAUAUUGAGAAUUCAGACAAAAAUUGGGCGACGUAAAGCUUUUUAUACGUGUUCCUCACACCUCAUUGUGGUCCUGUUUCUCUACAUUACCCUCGGAUGCCAAUAUUUAGCCCCAGUAUCUACAAACACGGUGAUCUCUUAUAAACUGUUUUCUCUUUUUAACACCGCUGCUGUGCCCAUGGUUAACCCACUGAUUUACAGCUUGAGAAAUAAUGAUGUGAAAUCAGCCUUUGGACGAAGGGUGAAAUAUUUUAGAGCUUUAAUCUAA